AUGGCAUCUACUGUAGUAAGUUCAGUCCCUACCACUGCGUCUCGUUUUGCUUUACUACAAGUUGAGAGUGAUACCGAUUCAGAGCCAGGAAAAGGAAGAAGUGGCCAAGGUGUCAGUAAAUCUCAGGCUUCAGGGGGAAGAUCAUCUACAAAUGAGAAAAAAAGAAAGAAAAGGAGAAAAAGGAAAGAACAGCAGCAGAGUGAGGCCAAUGAGCUCAGAAGCCUUGCUUUUAAAAAGAUUCCUCAGAAAUCCUCACAUGGAGGUUGUCUGUCUCAGCAUGAACAAAAACUGCAUACUGAAGUGCAGAAGGACUCUCAGGAAGAAAACUGGCAGGAGUGGAAACAAAGAGAUGAGCAGCUGACAUCUGAAAUGUUUGAAGCUGAUCUGGAAAAAGCAUUGCUGCUAAGCAAGCUGGAGUAUGAAGAGCACAAAAAGGAAUAUGAAAACGUUGAAAAUACUUCACCUCAGUCAAAGUCUCUGAAUAAGAAAAAGAACCAGCAAGGAAAAGACAAACCUCUUACUGUGUCUCUGAAAGACUUCCAAUCAGACAAUAACCUUGUCAAAAAGCAUGAGGAACUGAACUCUUCCCAUUCUUCGUUGCAUGACAGAGGAUUUUUCAACAGGCUGGAAGAUGAUGUUCACAGAAUACUUGAAAGAGAGAAAAGGAGAGUCCAGCACAGUGAUUACAGUGAAAUUGAUAACGGCAUAUGUCAUGAACAAAACCAGGAGAGUGUUUUGAAAGGUGGUAAAACUGAACAACUAAAGCUUGAGCUUGAAAAGAAAGAUGCAGAAAUUGAGCAACUGAGAAAUAAAGUAACUCAGUGGGAGGCAAAAUAUAAAGAAGUAGAAGCAAGAAAUGCACAGCUUAUGAAGAUUAUGCAAGAAGGUGAAAUGAAAGACAAAGCGGAAAUACUUCUACAGGUUGAUGAAUCUCAAAUUAUCAAAAAUGAAUUGACCCUACAGGUAACGAUACUUCAUGCUGCAUUAGAGCAAGAAAGAUCCAAAGUGAAACUCCUGCAGGCAGAAUUAACAAAAUAUCAGAGUGGGAAAAAAGGGAAACGACACUCAGAAUCUGACCAGUGCAGGUGA